AUGCCUAAAUACUUUAAUAAAACUUAUUUUCUUCAUAAACUUACGAAUGAUGAUGAUGAUAUUGAUUCCAACCGCCGGAAUGCAUUAUUAAGAUAUCCAAAUGAUUUGCACUCAAACUAUACAUUAAGGCAUUCUGAUAAUGCAAUGCUAAUACUUGAGAGUUUGACACUUGUAUUCACUGCAAGCGAGGUCAAGUUUUCGCAUCAAAUUCAGCCCAAUAACAGAGUCAUUCAAUCGACAAACCCCGAAAAAGUUUUGAUGGCUGAUUUUCAGAAGUUGCGUUUUGAAAAUCAAGCUUCGUCAGAUUACAUAAUCAGAAUCUUAACCAAUGGAAUUAUCAUUAACGAAAAGCGUUACCAUUAUGUUGGGCAAAGCAAUUCGCAUAUAAAACAGCGUAAAUGUCUUUUACUUCAAGCAGAUGAUCCACGAGAAAUCCAACGAUUUCUUGAUGGAUUUGGGGACUGGUCCAAGUUUAAAAGUGUUGCUAAGUUAGCUAAAAGAAUUGGUCUAUUGUUUUCGUCCGGUGAUAAAGCUUUUAACUUACCCACUGAAAGAUAUAAAAUAAUUGAUGAUAUAGAAAGAAAUGACUUUUGCUUUACCGAUGGGUGUGGUUUUGUUUCUAAAGAUACUAUCAAAAGAAUAACCAGUAAUUUGAAACUGGUGUUUCGUGAGAAUCGGCUUUAUCCCAGCGUCAUUCAAAUACGUUAUCAAGGAUUCAAAGGAAUACUUUUGCUGGGAAAUCAUCUAUCUAAAAAAAUUUCAUGUGAAUUUCGAAAAUCAAUGAAUAAAUUCAAUUACAGAGGUCCUGAUGACUUUUUUAUUACGGGUUACUCCAAGCCAUACACUUUUGGAAGACUCAAUACUCAAACUAUUAUGUUAUUAUCUGCACUUAAAGUUCCUGAUGAUGUUUUUGUAAAAAAACAGGCUGAACACUUUGCUCGAUUAGAUUUAAUGCUUACAGAUUUAUCUAUUGCAUUUGAAUAUCUCUUAACUAAUGGGCAGGUAGAUCUCGCAGGUAAAUUAUUUGAAAAUGGUUUUACAGAAGAAGUAAACUGUUACCUAAAAAAAUCAUUCAAACAAGAGCGGGAGACAUCAUUGAAACCUAAAAGAGGACCUGAUGGUGGUUUCCAAGAAAAAUUGCGACUUAUUGUAGAGAAGUCGCGCAUAGUGUAUGGGGCUUGUGACCCAACUCCCACGUACGUUCUACGCGAAAAUGAGUGCUUUUUUAGACCAACAAUACAAAAUAAACCAACCACCAUCCUUGGACCCAUUUUUUGCGUCCGUAACCCAUGCUAUCAUGCUGGCGACAUUGUAGUCUUGAAUGCUGUGGACAUUCCUGAAUGUAAAAAUAUUGUAGAUGUAUUAGUGUUCUCUGUAAAUGGUGAUGUCCCAGCUGCCCACAGAUCUGCUGGAGGUGAUUUGGAUGGUGACAAAUUUUUUGUGUGUUGGGAUAAAGAACUUAUGCCACCAAUUACAGUUGAGUCAUAUGGAUAUCCAGGAGCUAAGGAAAAUACUCGCCCCAAUAUCAAGCGAUCCGAUUUGAUCAAGCACUUUUCUACACAAUCCAAUGCUGGUGUUGCUCGAUGUGCUGACUUAUUUUUGAAAUGGGCUGAUGCAAAGGGACCUCGUUGUGAGGAAUGUCUUCAAAUCAAUAAGUUAUUCUCACAUGCUGUAGAUGGCUCAUCUGUAAAUAUUGCGGAUGUUCUAAAACAUCCACCCAAAGAUGAGGCAGUUUUCCAAAGUAGAAUAUGGAACAAACUUGUUGACAUAGCUAUGAAGAGACGAGAAGAUAAAGCAAAUCAAAACAAUAGAAAUGAUGAUAAUGAUGAAGAAAAUGAUACACUUUUUCUGAUGAUAAAGGACCGAGAUGAACUGUGUGCAUUUUUGGAAGAGGAUGGUAAUGAAGCAACAGAUUACGAGAUAAUGUGUUUUCUCUUUCGAUGGUGUCGUGCUAAUAAUGAAGACAUCAAAGAGUUUCUCUAUUUCCUUGACUUUUCUGCAUUUUAUACACAUGAAAAGUUACUCGCACUUGCCACGGGAGAAGUUCCUCGUCAUCUUCUGUUUAAUGCACUACACAUGUCGAAUAUCCUGAAGCCUGAACAAAUAAGUCAUUUUAACCUUGGUGAGGCAGAUCAUCACUGGAAAUUAUUCCACAUGGAAAACGAAAUUACUUUUUCAACCAAUCUCAUCUCUGAUCUUUCGAAAGCUAUAGCCAACUUCCGUCGUGUCUUUAUUGCACUUGAAUUCAAUCAUGAGCUCACCAUCUGUAUCUCUUUGCAUGGAAACUUUGAGCCUGACUUGGAAAAUAAUGCAGAUGGAAAAAUUGUUGUUUAUGGAUUCACCCAAAGUGGGCGAAUUAAAGACAAAAAAUUUUGCCAAGCUAAUUAUAAACUUUUUUAUAAUGAAACUUAUUUUCAGGUUUAUGUUUCUCAUAAGCGAAACACUUUUGUAUGGAUGGGCAUUCCCAAAAAAUUAGAUACGCGGGUGGUUUCACUCAAUGAACUUAACGUUAAAUCUUCCAUAAGUGUUGCUAUUGACAAAUUGAAUAACAGAACUUCUAGAGUGACAAGUAAGAUCCAAAAAAAGAUGAUAGUUGAAUCUGAAAUUUAUGUCGUAAGCAAUCAAGAUGGACUUCGUCCAAGGUAUCAAGCGGUUAACCCUGACUACAAAAUAGAAGUGGAAGAACUAAAUAUUGAUGCAAAUUAUAAUCCAAUAAAUCCUAAAAAUCCUGAAAAUGAUGAUGACAGAAGAUUAUUGUCUUGUUCUUACUCCAAUGAUUUGGAUGAGUUAAUGAGGAUGGCGGAAUGUUGGGCUAAGUAUGGUGUUUAUGACAAAAUAAUUUUAGCUUAUGUAAAGUAUUUAGAAACAAAUCUCCCAAUAUCUGAUGAUGAUCUUCAACAAUUAAUUGACUUUUCAACAAGAAAUCCAAUUGUUCAUAGCCCAUUGAUUGAAUUUUUAUCAAGAAAUUAUUCACCAGAAUCAUCAGAGUCACUAGAAAUUCCGAGUACUGCACUGGUUUCCUUGAUCGGAACUUGUCUGAAAUCUUGUAAAUCAUCAAAAGAAACAUUGAUCAUGGAAAAUGUAUUAAAACUUUUUAGUUAUCCAGUAACAUUGAGCAUGUAUCAAGCUUGGCAAGUUCUCACUAAUCUUGUCACAGAUUAUCCAUAUUCUAAAACAUCUUUGGAAUAUUUAGAUCGUCUAUUUGAUUUAUUAGAGAAAAGACAGCCUGUGACAUCAGAAGGUACAUAUUUUAUGCAUCAGGUCAAGACGCUAUGCUAUCAAACUUUGGAAGAACUCUCUACUUCCAAACGGACACCGAAAAACCGAUAUCGUGCGUAUAAAAGUCAAGCUCAUUCAACGAGUCGAUAUACUCUUAUGUCAGAGGGACCAAUUUCGGUCAAGGUUCGAUCAGGUGAUAUAAUUUUACUGAAGCGACUUAAUCGUAAAUCAGUCGAGCCAAUUUCGAAAAUACGCGCAGUUGUUAUCUCCACAGAUCGUGAACUAAGUAUAGAUAUUUCGUGGGUUCCUCGAGAUAUUACAAUAGCAACAUGGGAAGUGAUACAAGUUGGAAAUAUCAUUGGAUUUAAAUAUUCGAUGGAAGCAUUCAAAAAACUGUAUCCAACUCAAGAUGAGAAAGCUUCAACGCUUUUAAAUAUUCUUUUGGAUAAACAAGAUCCCACAACAACAAGAACUAUAGAGAAUGGUGAUGAUCCUAUACAAGGACUUAAUCUCAGUCAACAGACUGCCGUUUAUCAGGCUGAAAAUAGAAAUCUCACCCUUUGGCAAGGACCUGCAGGAACCGGAAAAACCAAAAGCAUAUUCCAGUUGAUACUUAGGCUUCUCGAUCGUAAUCCAAGUCUACCCAUUCUUGUGACAGCAGCAACAAAUGCUGCCGUUGAUAAUGUUGCCCUGCUUUUAGUUGCGCAUGGGGGAAUUGAAAUGAUACGUAUAGGCGAUAAAAGCUCAAUUCAUCCUAAUUUACUAUCUAUAACACUUGAAGCUGGAUUGGAUGGUGCGGUUAGAAGAAUCCAUUCAAAAAAGUCUAAGGAAUUAUUAAAAGAUGCAAAAGUUAUCUUUGCUACAUGUGUUGGAUGUGGUACGACUCUUUUAGAUAAAAAAAAAUACGAUUUUGUUAUAGUGGAUGAAGCUUCUCAGGUGGCUGAGCCAACUUGCCUUAUUCCGUUGGCAAAAGAUUGUGCUCGUUUCGUAUUGGUGGGUGACCACAAACAAUUACGUCCGUUUUGCUUGCCGAUGGCCGAAAUUGUUGGGUAUUCUAUUUCAUUGUUCGAACGAAUGAAUAACAAUAAUUAUCCAAUUUGUUUACUUGAUACUCAAUACCGUAUGCAUCCAGGAAUCUCUGAGUUCCCGAACGUUUAUUUUUAUGAAAGAAAAUUGAGGGAUGGCAUUGGCGCCAUAGAUAGGCCCUUGGUGAAUGGGUUUGCAUGGCCAAACGUAAAUGUCCCAGUAGCAUUUGUUCAAGUAGCUGGAGAAGAAUUAAGUUUCAAAGAUUCUAAAUACAACCAGGCAGAAGUAGACAAAAUAGUUAGAAUUGUAGAACUUGUUGCAGAAUCCGGAAGUGUGGCUCCAGAUGAAAUCGGCAUCAUUAGUUUGUAUUCUGCUCAGUCGGAAAAAAUGAAAGCUGCAUUACAAUCCUGCCAAAAUUCAUCUGUUCAUUCAAUAGAAGUGAAAACAGCUGAUGGUUUUCAGGGGCGAGAGAAGCAAUUGAUACUUAUCACCUGCGUCCGUUGCAAUGGAAUUGGAAAUAUUGGAUUUUUGGAUGAUCCACGUCGUUUCAAUGUGAUGCUUACUCGUGCAAAAAGGGGGCUUAUCAUUUUUGGAGAUCAGAAAACCUUACGUACUAAUGAGAUGUGGAAAAAUUGGUUUACUUGGAGCGAGGCAUAUGGAUUGGUUUCAAAUACCUAA